AUGGGUCUGGGACUGGUUCUGGAGUUUGUGGAUGACCUGCUGCAGUUCCUGAAGAGCUUCUCGCUCUCCCUGGUGGAUCAGCUGAAGAGUGCCGGGGAGCUUACCCUGAACCAGGUCAAAGGACAGAUGGUCAUGGUGAUGAACAUUCUGCCCAUUCAUCAGGUCCAGGACGUAUCUCCUCAGAUUCAGCAGCUCUUCCAAGACCUGCAGGAGCUCAGCAAGAUCCUGCUGCAGCUACUGAUCAACACAACGCCACUGUACACGAAGUUCCAGCAGCCCACUGCUCAGGAAGUGGAGGACUUCCUGAGCCAGGCGGAUUUCAUGAUGGAAAAACUGCCAAACCGCAGCUCAGCUAGCAGCCUCUUUCUAAAGGCCAUGGAUGGUCAGCCACGCCGGCGUUGCAGUCUGUACUCCCGUGUGGCUCACGGCUCUGCUCCAGCCUCACCUGACACCCCCAGCGGGCGCCGUACAAGCAUAAAGCAGGACGUGCCGGAGACCAGUCAGCCGCUUCCUUCUGCUGGCCCGGUGCAACGCCGACUGUCAGCCACUGAGCUCCUUGUCACGCCACUCAAGCAGUUAGUGUCCCAAAGCCAGAAGGCCUUUGA